AUGGCUCGACAGAGUGCUCAGGCAUUCCAGUCGUCUUAUGCUCCUCGCCUGCGCCAGUAUGCGAACUCGCUCGCGGCUCCCGUCCUAGUGACGCAAGCUAUACCUACUGCUGGCCGUACCACGAAGAGGGGCACUACUGUCAUCAAUUAUGCAGACGAUGCAUACGACGAAGAGGAUUUUGAGGACAGUGAAGGUACUGGUCGACGACCUACUGGCUUGCGGUCAAUUAGGCGCGAAGAUUUAGAGAAGAAGGAGCCCCGAGUCGAGAAGUUAGGCAAGGAAAUCACGGAGCCGAUCGAGGUUCAACCCAUUUUUCGCUCUUGGAUUGCUGAUGGCUUGCGCCAAAGAAGACCACCGUACGAGGUGCCCUAUCUUUCUACCACCCCCAUAACCCGUUGGUGGGACAAGCUAACAAAGGAUGCUGAUAGGACUCUUCAGGGUACCCACGCCCAAGCACAAUUCCCCCUGACUUUAAUCCCCGUCCGCAUCGAGUACGAGAUACAGCCUAGUCAGCAGGAUACGCCCUUCCCAAUACCUUCCAAACAGAAUGAGCCGGGAAAUAUAUUACUCAACCCGGCAUUUCGACGACCAGAACCUUCACCAGGAUACAAAAUUAGAGACAUUUUCAUGUGGAAUCUGCACGAGACUCUGUUUACACCAGAAGACUUCGCCAUUGCCUUUGUGCAAGAUCUCGACCUUCCCAAUCCAUCGAUGUUAGUUGCUGAAUUUUCGAAACAGAUACGGACACAGUUAGAGGAGUACGCAGGAGUUGCCUUACAUCCCUUAUUCCACACUUCAUCCAGACCACAACAGAUCGCGGCAAGGGCAUCAGGAAACUUGUUAGCACAAAAAGUGGUUCAGAAUGCUCAAACUGCGACUGGAACAUCACGACCACGGUCAGGAUAUGGCACGCCAGCAUGGGAAAGUGCCACGCCUAGACCAAGUACUCCUGGUCCGGACACACCACAACCUUUCCAGCUGCCGAGUGGAGCACAAGUCACUGCUGAAGCCACACCAAUUCCCAUCGAAGACCUGACGGAAGAGCCUCCUCAGCAGGAAGACAUGUUUCUCAAUCUAGACGACACAUAUCGCUGUAUUAUCACGCUUUCCAUAUACCAUGCCUCUCGCCUCUUCCAAGACAAGUUCGAAUGGUCGCUUCUGCAUCCGCCAGGUGCAGCUGAGAUAUUCGCCAAACAGACAUGUGCAGACUUGGGCUUGAACGGCGAAUGGGUUCUGGCCAUCACACAUGCCAUCUACGAAGCGGUAUUGAAGCUCAAGAAGGAGACCUGUGAGGGCGGAAAUACCUUGACCGUAGGCGGCACGUGGGGUCAAGGUGACAUCGACAAUCAAGCUGUUCGUGCCGAGGCAGGUGCAGGUUGGCGUUAUGACGACGCGGACUUUGGUGCUGAGUGGGAGCCUAGGCUCGAAAUCCUGUCGAAGUAUGAGAUUGAGAAACGUGAAUUCGACCGUGAGAGACAACUGCGACGACAAAGAAGAGAAAUGGCACGCUUCACAAGCACCGCCGGGAUGACACCAACAGCACGUGAACAGGAAGCUCAGCAGCGAGGCAGCUAUUUCGAUUAUUUGGGUACUGGCAUGGGCGACGAAACACCUCUGAUGGGCCGGGGCGAAAGAAACAGGAAGAAAAGGAAACUACGGAGCCCAAGUCCCAGCGCAAAAGCAACACCUGAGCCUCAAGAUGGUGGAUGGGGUGGUGACGUGAAGGCCUUUGUCAGCGAACAGGACCGCAUGAAUUGGAGGUGUAGCCACUGUAUGGUCUGGGGUACAGCGGUUUGGGCAGUGAGGGGUGGGCCCAAAGGGCCGAGAACACUAUGUAAUAAUUGUGCUAUGCUUUAUGAGAGGGAUAAGGAGUUACCUGCAUGGAACAAGGAUCUGCACAAAAAUCGGCCGAAGAUGCCAAUGCCUCGUUAG